AACUUCGAGCCAAUGCACUCCCCGCAAACCCACCGAAGUAAAAGCGACGAGACAAGGACCAAACACCAAAAUGCUCUCAUCCACCGCUCUCCGGCCGCUGUCGCCGGCGACGGCGACGACGCCCGCGUACCCCGCCACCGCCACCUCGGCCACGCCCGGGCGGCGCUCGGUGGCGGUGCGCGUGCUGCGGGACUACGGCUCGAUCCCCAAGCGGGAGCCCUUCAGCUCCAGCCGCAGCAUCCUCGACGAGUUCUUCAAGCAGGAGAAGCCUCUCGUCCAGCGCACCAAGGACCACAUCACAGAUUAUUGCACGACCCUUGAAGGCGAUGAUUGCUGCAGCUGCUGGGAUGCCUAUUUUGAACUCAACAAACUCGAGCAAGAGCUACCGCAAGAAGAAAUCUCAAGGAUGGUGAAGGACUCGCGGUCAGACCCAAGGUACCUCAUAAGCAGCAUCCACCACCGGUCAGACCUACGGAAGAAGAUGGCCGAGAAAGCUCACAAUUCAGCGCCAUCAAACUCCCCGGGGCAAACAGCGAAGCCGAGGCCUUUCCCCGUCCCUGAUGGGCUGCCGAAAACGCAGGAAGAGAUUGACGAGGAUGAGGAGGCUCUGAUGCCGGAGUCUCCUUACACGAGGCUGCUGAGAAGGAUGGGGAGGUUCCCUGACUGGUAUACCCCUCGCCCAGACCAUGAGACUGACUGAAUCACUCCAUGGACCAGCCUUGCCUUCCAGAUGUACAGCUUGAAGCUCUGUUCUCCUGGCAUCGAGCAUGGAAGCUUGGAUUGCUGUUGCCUGCUUAGUUGUUUUUUGCUGAGUGGUUAAAUGGAACUAUGUAAUAGUGUGUGCUUCUUGUGGUGUCGAGUUCUUCUCUUUAGAUUCAGAUACCUGCUAAUGUAUCUCUGUAUAUAUGUGUUUGGGAAUAGAGUUCUUGACUACUA